CGGUAUGGAUGAUAUGCCAAUGCCAGCGAUGUGCAAGGUGUGUUUAUAGUAUUUGUGCUGAUAUCUGCUUAAUAAGUCUCCAGAUGGAUAUGUUAUGGAAUUGGGACGUAAAAGACCGCUGUAUCGUAUUCUCAAGUUGGCAAAUAUCAUCUGCGAUUUCAGCUAUAUUCUCUAUUAUAACUAUAAUACUACUCGGUGUCUUAUUCGAAUGGCUUAAAUAUCGUAUGAGAAAGUUAGACACAUCAAUUGCGAAUUCUCUCGCAAUUGCAUACAAUAUUCACACUAGUUAUAAAAACUCAAACAAUCUUAAUAGAUCUGCUGUUGAUAUUGAAGUUGAUGAGCCAACUACUGUGCAAACGCCAGCUAAACUGAUUGUUCCAAAGCAUCAACAAGUGCAACGUAGUAUCCUCUAUGCUGCAUCUGCCGCUUUAUCUUUCUUCCUCAUGUUGAUUUUCAUGACAUACAACGGAUUCCUCAUAGCUGCUGUUGUUGUAGGAGCUGGCCUUGGUCAUUACACAUUCCACAGGGAAAUUGAAGUUGCACCAUCAAACGAAUCAUCUUCAGCUUUAGGCUGUCACCUAUAAGCAGCCUUUUUAAAAGAAAAGCAUCACAUAACAUCACUUGUAACAUAAAUACCG